ACACACACACACACACACACACACCGAUGAAUCAGAGAGACCAACCGGUUUAAGAUUUUGGCAUUACUAUAUCUUCUUAAUUCAAGAGACCAUAACGUUUUAAAUGGGAAGGAGGCGGAGAGAGAAGGGAAUAUGAGACAAGUCAGAACGACGUGCAUGUUGCCUUCCAGCACCAAGGACAGCUCCGAUUGUUUUGCCGGAGAAAGGAAUUAGCCAGGAAAAGAUGUAAGAUGUCAACGAAUUGAAGUAAGAAUUCUCCAGAGCACUCUUGAGUUUGGAAUUUGAAGGGAGCAGAGGGAGAAUCAAACGAGAAAUGCAAUGCAAGGGCAAGAACAACCCAGAUGGAACUGAUUAAAAGCAAAGCUGAGAAGGCUUUAUUUGCAUCUAGGGGUGAAGAACAAAACCAUGAGCCCCUGGAGAGGGAUCUUGGUUACUCCACAUUCUUGGUGCUUCCGCCAAGAGAAGCCGGGUGCUGUUUCUUCCUGCAGUUUUCUAGAGAGAGAAAGGUGGGGCUGAGAUGUUUUUAAAACAAAUUCUUCGUUUCAAGAAUUGCUAAGGAAGGAGAAAUGCUGAUCUGGAUUCAGUGUUGGUUCGUAUCGGUCUUUCGAAGGAUUCCGAUUGCUGUUUGAAAUUCUGGCACCGAACCUUUCUCUGCUUGCCUGCCGUUUCCACCCUGUUUCAGCAAAUGGCAGGUGAAAUGAUGGAUUUGGCAAAAGAAACCUAAUAGAAUCUGAAGCCUGGCGUUCCUUCCCUGCCAACCAUAACAUCAAUGAAACCUAGAAGAAGAUCAGCUAACUAAAGAGAUGUGAACACAGCUGAAGAUGAAUGGAAUAUUCAGAGAUGUGGCAAUCCCCAAAAACUUCACUUAGACAAAGUUUGACUGAGAACAACUCAGCUCUUCUAGACUCUCCGGUUUCAAUGGAGUUUCUUGUCCCCGCAAGUGGAUUGGUUUUGUUGCUUUUAAGACAGUUCUUAACUUUUUGCUGCCCCAUUUUGUCAUAUUUUUCACCCUCUUGGUUUAGAAACAAAUCUUUCAAGACAAAUUUCUUUGGAAUGGUGAAAAAAGCACCAGAACAAUAAAACAUCUGCAUGUGAAGACUUAUGAAUACUUCCCACAUAGCUUGAUUUCUCCUUGAAGGUGAAAACAGCAGAAGUGUGUAGAUUAAAGGAAAGAUUAACUUAUCCACCCAGAACCUACUAAAACCUCCAUGUUGAAACAGCUGGACCACAGUUGCUAAGGCCCUGCCAUCUUUCCUCCAGGACCUCAACGGUAAGGAGAGGCAGUGGAGACCAAUCCUCUAAGAUGUUCAUUUGGACCAGUGGCCGGACCUCCACGUCAUACAGGCAUGAUGAGAGAAGAAAUAUUUACCAAAAAAUCAGGGAUCAUGAACUACUGGACAAAAGGAAAACAGUCACCGCUCUCAAAGCAGGAGAGGACCGGGCCAUAUUCCUGGGACUGGCCAUGAUGGUGUGCUCCAUUAUGAUGUACUUCCUCCUGGGCAUCACGCUGCUGAGAUCAUACAUGCAAAGUGUUUGGACAGAAGAGACGCAGUGCACACUCCUCAAUAUCUCCAUCACGGAAACCUUUAACUGCUCAUUCAGCUGUGGUCCGGAGUGCUCGAAAAACUCUCAGUACCCCUGCUUACAGGUCUAUGUCAAUGUUUCCUCUUCAGGGCAAAAGUACUUACUUUACCACACAGAAGAAACCAUCAAGAUUAAUUCUGAGUGUUCUUAUAUACCCAAAUGUGGAAAGAACUUUGAAGAGUCUUUGUCCCUUGUCAAUGUCGUCAUGGAAAACUUCAAGAAGUAUCAGCACUUUACCUGUUUCUGUGACCCAGAAGGCAUUCAAAAGAAUGUGUUGCUAACCAAACUUUACAGUUCCAAUGUGCUGUUCCACUCACUCUUUUGGCCAACAUGUAUGAUGAUAGGUGGACUUGUCAUUGUUGCCAUGGUCAAGUUGACCCAAUACCUGUCUCUUCUUUGUGAAAGGAUCCAACGGAUCAACAGAUAGGAGCAACCACUUGCUUCUAGGAUUUGACUUACCGCUGAAAUACUGUUGUUUUUUUUCCAUUCUUCACCAAAGAACCUUAAGUUUGUAAUGUUUCUGUUCUAAGUUCCUUAUAUUUUUAUGAAGUAGAGCAAUAACGAAAAAGGCUGUUCUAUAUGCAACUGUGAUGAUACUCUUAUGCAGACAAUGAGAGAGGGUAUUAUGGUUUGUGUUGGCCAUCUAUAUAAUCUUGAUUUCUGCUGCAACUUAGUUAUUUUUCUUCUUCUCUUCUUCCUCUUCCUCUUUCCCCUUUUUUUUUCUACAGCCAAAACAGGGCUCAGUGUGAUCCUUUGCCAAGCCUUGUUAAUGAAUGAAUCAUCAUCUCAGCACAAAUCUGUUUUGAAAGGUUCUCCUGCCUGGUCACAUGUCUUCAUGUGGACCAUUUAAGUUCCACUUAGGCAUUGGGAAGGGGAGGAAAAGAUUGGAGUGGGGGGGAUGGUGAAAGGUAAGAACUCAAUGUGUUUGCCAGAACUGAAACUAAGAUGGAUGAUUUGACCCAGAAGUCUUUUGCAGAUAUAGAGUCUUACAAAUACAGGGGAAAUCCAAAGACACACAUUGCUGAACACCCAGGUCCAAAUCUAGUGGAGCAUAAAUAAUCUCAUUUAAAUUCCACUGAAAUCGAUAAGACAUUUUUGUAAUGAAUUAUUUUAUUAGGACAUGAGCACAACUUAACACUGGAAGGAUUCAAAAUUUUGGAUUAAGGCAAUAGCAUUUAUGUUGAUUUCAUACUCAGGGUUAAGCUUUCCUUUCCGGCAUUUUACAUACCUACUGAAAGGUUUAUUAAUUUGCAGUAACUUUUAUUCAUGGAUCAUUAUCUACCAAAGCUAUCGCCAAAAGGAGGGGGGGAAUCCAAGAUGUGUAAAAUUUGUCAACUUUUUUCAUUUUCUAUUCCAGCCUGAGCCCUGUUGGCAGAGAUGGGACCAGAAAACCUCUUGCGUUCAAGUUUAUUAUGCAUAUUUUUUGCAUUUAUUACCAUACCACUGUAAAGAAAAAUUUAAAAGAAAGAAAAUCACACCAUUUUUUUUCAUUUUUUACUUCCAACUGUUUUAGAUUUUUUUUAAAUGGGACAUUUCAAAAAAAUACUAGACAACAAGAUAAAAAUAUAUUCUAUCUAGCAGUGUAUUGUAGUAUGGCUAUGUUAUAUUUUAUUAUUUCCUUUAUUAAUUGGAAAGUGGGCAGUACUCUUCUUGUAUUUCACAGUGUCCAAAUCUAGAUAUAACCAUCACAAAGAAAAGAUUUGAAGAAAUGGCUUAGAUGCAGUUAGAGUUGGCAUUGUGAUUUGAAUAAGCUUAGAUGGUGUUUAGCUUGGGAAAAAUAUCCUCUACUCUUGAGAGGCCCUGAAAAAGGUAUGUAUAGUAAGGUAAUGCUACUCCUAGUGAAGAUUAUUUCUUCUUAGUCAUAUCAGAACAAUUUUCCCCAAUAGCAGUUUGAAAAAAAAAUACUUUAAAUAAACCUCUAUACAUCUGGAAGUGGAACCAAAUUAGAAGCAUACAGAGGCCAUCCUUUUAUUGUGGACAAGCUCCAGAAGGUAACACCUGUAAGGCUGUCUUGUUAAGAUGAGAGAUUGCAAGUGGUCAUCUUUUCUUUUCUUUUCAAGGUCCGUAUUUUGUUAGUCUGUUUGAUUGAUUUGUGUCCCACUUUUCUGCUUUGGCAAGACCUCAAGAUGUAUUGAGCCCCAUAGUUGAUUGCUAUUUAAGAAUAGCAAGGAGGUCAAAUAACACUGGACACCUUGUAGGAACACAGAGAAUAUUAAAACAAGUGUAGGAGGAAAGAGAAUAAACCUGCCCUGAGUAAAAUGUGUGUAAUAUAUGAGUAAGAACCAUUGCAUUAAUACUUGGUUGAGCAAAAGCGUACAAUGGAAUGAAGAUAGAUUAUUAGCGGAGCAGAGGUUAUUCUGUAUAUAGUGGUAGCUUGGUACUCAACUGCUUCAAAACUCGUCAAAUUUAGUACCCAAUGCAUUUUGACAUGAAAAUGUUGUCCUGAUACUCCGUAUUUGAUGUGAUGCAAAAGGAGGUGGGGGGUGGUCGCAGAGGGCGGGCAGGAAGUAAGCCAUGCUGGGAAGGUCAUUGACAUAGGAAAAGGGACAGCUAGGAAGUCCUUCCCAGCUGAAAGACCAUGAUAAGUCACAUGGUUUGUUUGGUAUUCAUCCUUUUUAGUAUUCAUCUUGCCUCCCGGAACCAAUUAAGGACAAAUACCAAGGUAUCACUGUAAUUUGAAAAUGAUAAGGUGAGAAAAUGUUUAUUUUGAAUCCAGUAGGUCCCUCAUGUGGAUAAAAAGGGUGAGGCUAUAAAAAGCACAAUUAUAUUUUUCUAUCCAUCUCUCCUCUGCCUGAUUACCAAGAAUCACAGUUUACUUAAAUUAUAUCUAUAAGGACGGUCUUAGCAGUUUCUGAUAUUGAAUUCAGCCCCAAGGGUGAAGUAUAAGGUAUUUGUUGAUCACUCUCUAGAAUUCUACAGAUUUUUAACAAACAAAACAAUUAUUUAAAAACAUUUUGGAAACAUAAUUAGUUUCUUUUUUUUUUCAAAAGGAGAAAGCACAUUGGAUUUGCCGAGCUCAUCCAUUACCUGAGUAAUUCUUUAUUCCCCAUUAUGUAAUGUCAAUAACUUUUAUGGUGUUACAAGAUUCCAUGAGCUGUGAAUGUGUUGUCUGAGCUUUAGAAGUCUACAGCAGUGAAACUAAUCUUUGAUCUUGUAAACCAGGGAUCCUCAACCUUGGCAAAUUUAAGACUUGUGGACUUCAACUCCCAGAAUUCAGGGAAUUAAAGUCCACAACUCUUAAAGUUGCCAAGGUUGAGGACCCCUGUUGUAAACCCAUAAUGCAACAUUUUUUCCUCAGGCAAAUAAAUUCCUGGGUGUGUAAUCAGGACUUCAAAACAGUGUGAUUUGGUACAGCAGUUACUCAAUUAAAUCUUUGCAAUUUCAA